AUGUGUCGUGAUCUCGCUUUUAUCAACUUAUCGCGUCGAGGUUGUGAUGUGGGGCGCGAAACCGAUGACUAUUUCAGGUCCCGACCCAGGCCUCAAGGGAAAGAAUUGCCUCCAAAGUACGAGCCUCUGACGGACUUUGGCGCUCUCAUCAAGUAUCCUGGAAGUCGCACCAUGCUCAUGGUGAACCACGAGUAUACGGUAGAGGAGGCAAGAGAUCUAUUACAAAGAGGGAAGAUCGACCUCGUGACAUUUACACGGCCAUUUAUCUACAAUCCGGACCUCAUAAGCCGGAAUAAGAAAGGUGUUCCUCUUGCCUCGAACACUCGCGGUGGUAAAGUGAACUAUGGACCGUUUGAGGAUCGAACCAGAAUUACAACAAUUGGCCGCCAUUUGGAAGGGAGGGUGAGGCUAUCGCCGGUUAGACAGCCUGCUCCUAGUUCUCGGAGCUGCGUCGGAGAACGGUGA